AUGGACGACAAAGGCAAGGGGGGCGAGGAUGCCCUGUUCCAACGGAGCAUGAAGAUUGUCUCCGUGGUGGCGCUCUACUGGUACGGGUUUGUGUCCAUUUCCAUGGUGUUCCUCAACAAGCACUUGCUCAGUGAUGUGGACCUGAAAGCCCCAAUGUUCGUGACGUGGUUCCAAUGCGUCGUCGCCGUCGUGGCCAGCUACUUCCUCGGCAUGUUCCGUGAUGCUGCCAGCUUCAUGAACAUGUUCCCAACCUUUGAGUACGAUAUCGCCAAGGCCAAGGAGAUCCUUCCCUUGAGUGCCGUGUUUGUGGGCAUGAUCGCUUUCAACAACCUCUGUCUCAAGGAGGUCGGCGUGCCCUUUUACAACGUCGGACGCUCCCUCACCACACUCUUCAACAUCGUGCUGUCGUACGUGAUGCUGCACCAGUCCACGUCUGUGCGCGCGCUGGGCAUGUGCGCCAUCAUCGUGAUGGGCUUCUUUCUCGGUGUUGAUCAGGAGGGAGAUGAGGGCGAACUCUCCAUGAUUGGCGUGUUUUACGGCAUCAUGGCCAGUCUCUGUGUUGCUCUCAACGCCAUCUACAUCAAGAAGGUGCUUCCGGUUGUGAACGGGGACUCGUGGCUGCUGAUGGCGUACAACAACGCCAACGCCACGCUGCUCUUCCUCCCCGUCAUUCUCCUCUUCCAGGAGGUGCCCCAAAUUGUCGCCUCCCCAGACAUCUUCCGCCCGUCAUAUUGGGUCCUCAUGUCCAUUGCCGGCUUCUUUGGCAUUGCAAUUGGGCUCGUGACCAUGCUGCAAGUCAGCGUGACCAGCCCCGUCACCCACAACAUCAGCGGAACAGCAAAGGCGUGUGCGCAGACGAUCCUUGCGCUGCAGAUCAACGGCGAGGUGCGCAGCGCCAUGUGGUGGCUCGGAAACCUCUUUGUCCUCGGCGGAUCGCUCGGUUACGCCAUCGUCAAACGCGCUGAGAUGAGGAGAGAAAUUGCACGGGAAUCGUCACAGGAGGACUCAAAGGCGUGA